AUGUAUAAGAAUUUUUUAUUUAUUUUAUUUCUAUGUGUUUUUAAUGUUAAUACAUAUCAAGAAGAGAAUGAUGAUGAAUUUAUUGAUAUUGGUGUACGAUUAACUGGUGAUAAUCGAGAUUAUCUUAUAGCAGAUCUUAUAGCCGAAGAAAAAAAUUUAUUUAAUGCUGGACAUAUUCCUGGUAUUGGUUUACAUCAUUUUCGUAUUCAAAGAAAAAGUGGUCGAAGAUCUAAACGUGCUCUUGAUGAAACUAUUGAAGAUUUAAAACAUGAUGAACGAAUUGAAUAUGUAACUAUUGGUGAAUCAUUAGAAAGACAAAAACGUGAAUUUAUAAAUGAUGAUGAAUUAGAAAAAUUAUAUAAAACAUAUCGUCAUUGGAAAUAUGAUCAAUUACCUAUUGAUAUGGAAUCUAUGACUGAUAAUUCGUCAUUUAAAAUGUCUUUUGACGAUACUUAUUACAAAAAACAAUGGUAUUUGGAAAAUGAAGGUCAAUUAAAUACUCCGGCAAAUCAUGACAUUAAUGUUAUUCCAGCUUGGUUAGCAGGAUAUUCCGGUAAAGGUGUUACGAUUUCUAUCAUUGAUGAUGGUCUUGAUCAUAAACAUCCAGAAUUAAAUGAUCGAUACCAACCUCAGUUCAGUUAUGAUUUAAAUGAUCUUAAUGAUACUGAACAUGAUCCAAGCCCAAGAACUUAUGAUAGUUCAAAUAAUCACGGUACUCGUUGUGCUGGAGCAUCAUCUGGUAAAGCAAAUAAUGGUAUGUGUGGUGUUGGUGUUGCUUAUAAUUCAUAUAUUGCUGGUAUUCGACUUCUUGAUGGACGUAUUACAACAUUACUUGAAGCACGUGCAUUAACAUUAUUUGCUACUAAUACAUCUAUUAAAAGUGCAUCAUGGGGACCAACUGAUGAUGGAACAAAAAUGGAAGCACCGGGUGCACUUGUUAAUGCUGCUUUAGAUUAUGGUGUUACACAUGGUCGUUAUGGUAAAGGUAUAUUAUUUGUUUGGGCAUCAGGUAAUGGUGGAACAGCUGGUGAUGAUUGUGGUGCUGAUGGAUAUGUCUCUCAUCCUAAUGUAAUAUCUAUUGGUUCAAUAAAUCAUUUGGGUAAAACAACAUAUUUUGGUGAAUUUUGUCCAUCAACAAUGGCUGUUGCUUAUACGGGUGGUCGUCAUGCACGUUCAAUUCGUGAACCUUUUAUUCCCGUAGGCGUUGUUGCUGCUGAUGUUGGUGGAAAAUGUACAACGAAAUUUUUUGGUACAUCUGGUGCUGCACCAGUUGCUGCUGGAGCUUUAGCACUUGUACUUGAAGCGAAUCCAGAACUGACUUAUCGUGAUGUAAUGCAUAUUAUAGCUGAAACAGCUCGUAUACCAAAUUUAUCUGAAAUAGAUGAUUGGAUGAUUAAUGGAGCUGGUUUUCAUGUUAGUGAUAAAUUUGGUUUUGGUGUACUUGAUGUUGGACAAAUGAUUGCUUUAGCACAAAAUUGGACAAAUGUAAAUCCAAGAUAUGAUUGUUAUCAUGAAUAUAAAGGUUCUCCUGUUUCAUUAACAAUUGGUGCUACCGUUGAAGUGAAUAUUGAUGUUGAUAAAUGUGAAAAUGUAACAAGUCUUGAACAUGUUCAAGCUAAUGUAACAUUUAGUUUUCAUCGUCGUGGUGAUGUAAAAGUUACAUUAAUAUCACCCAGUGGAACCCUUUCAGAAAUGAUUUCUUACAGAGACAAUGAUGCUUCGAGAAAAGGUGAAGUUUUAUCGACACUUCGUUUUCAUAAAGAAGGAAAGAUUUUCAAUUGA